GCACCGGGAUGGGGGCAGGCCGGGGUCCGGGGGCUCCGCAUGGGCUCUGGACCUGUCCCUGCGCUCCAGGUCCAUCCCCCAAGAUGUGCCCCACAUGUGCCCGUGUGCACCCAGGUCCCAUCCAGAUGCGUCCCCCUUGUGUCUCCACACCCCAAGCCACCCCACGGCACCCGUGUCACCCCUGAAAGGUUCCCCAGUAGCACCCCCAACCUCUUUCCGCUCUCAGACCACCCUGCGGGGAUGGAGGGGCUUGGGAGGAGGAGGUGACACCCCUAGAUGUGCCCCACGUGUCCCCCUGUGUUCCACACAUCCCCCCCGUGUGUCCCAAAGACCCCCAGCUCUGCCCCACGCACAUUCCCACUCACGUCUCUCACAUGUGCCCAUGCCCCAGGAUGACCCCCAGCCCCUCCCGGGCUGUUCCCCAGUGCCACCCCCAACCCCUUUCCCCCUCCCAGGACCCCCCCGCAGGGAUGGAGGGGCGCGGGGAGGAAGCGCCGGUGCCAGACCCGGACGUGUCGGAGCCGUCGGAGGAGGAGGACGAGGAGGAGGAGGAGGAGGAGGAAGGCUCGGGGGUGUGCGUGACCCCGGCCCUGCUGAAGGCCUGCACGGGCGAGUUCUCCCUGGAGUCCAUCCUGCUGCUGCGGCUGCGGGGCCGCGGCAUCGCCCACCUGGGCUGCCUGGCCGACUGCUCCAACCUGGAGUGGCUGGACCUGUCCGGGAACGCCAUCGCGGCGCUGGCCCCGCUGGCCGCGCUGCGCGCCCUGGCCGUGCUCAACCUGGCCGGCAACCGCGUGGCCAGCGUGGAGCCGCUGCGGGGCUGCCGCAGCCUGCGCCAGCUCAACCUGGCCGGCAACCGGCUGCGCAGCCUGCGCCAGCUGCGCUGCCUGCAGGGGCUGCGGCACCUGGAGAGCCUGCGCCUGCGGGACCCGCUGGCGCGCCUCGGCAACCCGCUGUGUGCCGCGCCCGCCUACCGCGCCGCGCUGGCCGCCAUGCUGCCCGGCCUCAAGGCCAUCGACGGGCAGCGCGUGGCCGGCCGCGGCAGCGAGCUCUUCCGCCUGUGCCGCGAGCUGGACGCCGCGCUGGACGGCGGCGCCGCGGCCGAGGGGCCGGCGGAGCCCCCCCGCAACCCCCAGCCCUGGGUGCAGGAGGGGUUCUGGGAGCCGCGGGCGCCGCGCCGCAGCGCCGUGCUGGAGGAGGCCACGCGGCAGCUCGGGGAGGCCCUGCGGGAGUGCCGCGAGCUCGGCCGGCGCGCCGACGACUCCAUCGCCCAGGCGCAGCGAGCACUCGGCCGCCGGCACCCCGGCAACUACGGCUUCUGAGCCACAGCGGGGCCCAGCACCUCCAAAUGGGGCUGGGGGGGCUCCAAAUGGGGCUGGGGGCACCCAGAGACACCGCAGCCAACACCGGGACUGGGAAACCACCAGAGACACCGCAGCCAGGAGCCCUGGAGUUCUGAGCUGACUCCGUAUAGGGUUGGGGGCUUACAAGUGGGGCUGGGGGGUCCUAAAAUGGGGCUGGGUUGGGCCAGAUGGGCCUGGGAGGCACCCAGAGACACUACAGCCAACACUGGGACCAUGAAACCACCCAGAGAUACCACAGCCAGGAGCCCUCAAGUUCUGAGCUGGGAGGGCCUGAAACAGGGCUGAGGGGCUCCCAAAAUGGGGCUGGGAGGUCCAAAAGGGGCUGAAGGAGCUCCAAAUGGGGCUGGUGGGCACCCAGAGAUGCCACAACCAGCACUGAGCCCAUGAGACCACCCAGAGCCACCAUAGCCCAGAACCUUCCAGGUCUGAGCUGGGGGACUCCCAAAUGGAGCUGAGGGUCACCCAGAGCCCAGAGCCCUUGAGUUCUGAGCUAAGGGGGCCCAAAACAGGGCUGGGGAGGUCCCAAAAUAGGGCUGAGGAGCUCCAAAUGGGGAUGGUGGGGCACCCAGAGCUACCAUAGCCAAUACUGGGACCACGAGACCACCCAGAGUCACCACAGACCACUCUGGGUCGUGAGACCCCAGAGCCUUCAUUUUCUAAGCUAUGGGACUCCAGAAACAGGACUGGGGGACCCCCAAAGUCAUCACCAAAAGCUCACACCAGAAAACCACCCAGAGCACCACAGCCUGGCACCUUGGGGUUCUGACCUGAGGGGUCCCAAACAGGGCGGGGG